CUCUCUUGUCUUGUUCCACAAGUUAAAUUCAUACGCUUUUCAAACCCUAUUGCAUUUUCUUCCCUUUUUUAUUUUUUUAUUCAGCAGUAUAACAACAUAAGGAAUAUAAUGUUUUCGUUUAUGAACAGAGAGCCAAAGGCGCCACCACCCGACCCCAUGAUGCUUCUCGCUGAAGCCCAGGAGUUUCUCAAAGAAGACGAUUUUGAAAGCGCGCUGGAAAAAUUUGACGAGCUCUGCUCCCUCCCAGUACAAUCGCCCCUGCCGCUGCUCUCGCGGGCCACCUGCCGGCUGCAGCUGAAAAAGUACGAGAAAACCCUAGAGGACUGUGAAAAAGUGCUCAAAUUCCUCAACGCCGAUGUCCAGGGCCACGUCGAAGAGGGAUGUACAACGGUGCAUUCCUUGGCGCUCAUGCGUAUGGCCAAGGCGUACAAAGAGCUGGGCCAGAUGGAGGAGGCCAAGAGCGCGCUGAUGCGCAGAAACGCCAUUGAGCAUAAGCUCGGGCGGGACAAGGUCGAUGACGAGGAAGAGGAGGAGGACAGGGAGAGCCGGAUGGCCACCGAGCGUGAGGCCGCAGAGGAGUGGAAAGAGAAGGGCAAUGUCGAGUUCAAAAAGGAAAACUGGAUUCAGGCGCUUGACUGCUACAAAAACGGGCUCGGGUACGAUAUGUACAGUGCCAAGCUGCACAGCAACACGUGCAUGGCGCUGAUUAAGCUCAAGCGGUGGUCGCAGGCGGUGAAGCACGCCGACCAGUGUAUUGCCCUGGAGCCCCAGUGGGUCAAGGGGUACUACAUGAAGGGCCUGAUCCUGAGUAGUGAGAGCAAGAUUGAUCAGGCAAAGGCGGUCUUGCGCCAGGCAAUUUCGGUCGAGCCAAACAACACCCAGGUCAAGGCGCUUCUGGAAGAGGUAGAGGCUCGCGUGAACUAUGUGGAGUCGCGGAUCCGCCGCAGAAAGGUCGCAGACAAGGACUCCCAGGACUCACAGAAGCAGAGUCAGGAAGACAAUGGCGUAGAGGCGACAGACAGCGGGAAUGAGAAGGACAAGGAGCCCGUUGAGGACGUCGAUAGUGAUGAGGACCAUUGCGACGAGAAUGGGUGCCGCACGCCGAGAAGGAUCAGGCUAAAGGUUACUCGUAAGGAUGUUCUGGACACUGCGGUCGAAUUGGGCGCUGCAGCCGUUGGCGUAGCUCUGGUUUGGUGGUUCAUAUCAGGCGUGAACUAAAUAUUGUGUUCACGAUGUGAAGUACAACGGAAAUUUAUGUGGCAUAACUAGUAUUUUUAAAAUAAAAAAGAAUUUGAAUAACUAAAUAUCGAAUAUUUUAAAUGUAUGCGCA